UUGACGUCCCCAUGUAUGCUACCAUGGGGAAUCGCACAAAGGUGGCACAAGGUGGCACAUGGAACCACGGCUGUGGUCUCCAAAGGAAAGAAGGCCCGCCUUGAGGCACUUCAAACUCCAGCAAGGAUUGCCAAACCUUCAAAGCUGGUACCUCCCCCUCGACCUGUUCCAGAAGCUGCUGUACCAGCCACUCUGGAGGGCGUACCUCCUCCUCGACCUGUUCCAGAAGCUGCUGUACCAGCCACUCUGGAGGGCGUACCUCCCCCUCGACCUGUUCCAGAAGCUGCUGUACCAGCCACUCUGGAGGGCGUACCUCCCCCUCGACCUGUUCCAGAAGCUGCUGUACCAGCCACUCUGGAGGGCGGACCUCCUCCUCCACCUGUUCCAGAAGCUGCUGUACCAGCCACUCUGGAGGGCGUACCUCCUCCUCGACCUGUUCCAGAAGCUGCUGUACCAGCCACUCUGGAGGGCGUACCUCCUCCUCGACCUGUUCCAGAAGCUGCUGUGCCAGCCACUCUGGAGGGCGUACCUCCUCCUCCACCUGUUCCAGAAGCUGCUGUGCCAGCCACUCUGGAGGGCGUACCUCCUCCUCCACCUGUUCCAGAAGCUGCUGUGCCAGCCACUCUGGAGGGCGUACCUCCUCCUCGACCUGUUCCAGAAGCUGCUGUACCAGCCACUCUGGAGGGCGUAUCUCCUCCUCGACCUGUUCCAGAAGCUGCUGUACCAGCCACUCUGGAGGGCGUACCUCCUCCUCGACCUGUUCCAGAAGCUGCUGUACCAGCCACUCUGGAGGGCGUACCUCCCCCUCGACCUGUUCCAGAAGCUGCUGUACCAGCCACUCUGGAGGGCAGCGUCUUUGUGCCUUUGAGCAAGUUUGCUCAACCGGAGGGGGAUGACAAGACUCUGUGUGUUGAUGAGUGGCCGUUUCUUCAAACAGAGUUUUGUGAGAAGGUGAACCAGCCAACUGCUCGGGUUGUCUCUGGACAGAGAAAACAAGAGGAGCCAACACCUUGGGGUCCAAAAGUUGUGAUGGCCCAGGCUGAUAAACCAACAGCCAAUGAGACCAGCUUCUUGGGAUGUUCAACCAAGAUGACACACAUUGAGGACCAUGAGCGGGUUGACCCAGCACCUGAGGUCACUGCGAGCAGUCAGCAGCAGAGCCCGCCUGAGGACAAUGGCCAGCUUGAAGAUCCUCAUGUAACACUUGGCAAUCAGAAGGCACCCUGUGAUGUUGCACAUGCCAGAGCUGCUACAUCAAGUCAUGUGACUUAUGAGAACCCUGGGUGUCUUCAAGGAUCGUUUGACCAGAGCAGCCACAUCUUCGGGGAAAAUGCAGCUAAUAUAGCAGGGCUGAAGGCUGAGAGAAGAAGCCCUGGAAGCUGUCAGAGAGGAGCCAUGGACACUGUCUCUGAACCGGACCCUGGGCUCACUAUGGAACCUGAGGACAAGUCUUUAGACCCGAGGAAGACCAGCCACAGAAGAUUUGCCCUAAAGUCCUGCAACAUUGUCUUGCUGAUAUUCGGACUGCUGAGUGUUCUCCUAAUCUCCCUGCAUUUCAACUCAGCAACACCUUGGACGGAGGGGAGAGAGCACUUAAUGGAUGAACUCGGUUCAGUGAUGCCCACAGAGGAGGUGGAGGAGGCCCCCAGCAUCACAGAGUUCCACUCUCCUACCCACGUGUUGCCCGUGGGCCAAACGACCUACUUCACCUGCAAUGCCAGCGGCACGCCGGAGCCCACAGUAGAGUGGCUCCACAAUGGCCGGCCCCUGGAGAGAAAUGGCACAGACAACCAAUCAGAGGCCUGGGUGGAGAGGGGGUUCCUCUUCGUCAGAGGAGUGAGGUAUGGCGUGAACACGGUCUGCUGCAUGGCAAGCAACAGCGCUGGCACGGCCAAUCACACCGCUGAGCUGCUUGUCUUUGGUAAGUUCUGGAUCCAAGGAGAGAUGCUUGUUGUUUAUGUGUUCAUAGCAUUGUUGUUGAUAUAUUCAUAGCAUUGUUAUUGAUAUAUUCAUAGCAUUGUUGUUGAUGUAUUCAUAACAUUGUUGCUAUAUUCAUAGCAUUCUUGUUGAUAUAUUCAUAACAUUGUUGUUGAUAUAUUCAUUUAAUAACAAAUAAUUUGGAACACUGAACAGAUUUGAACAGAAAGAGUACUAUUAAAGUAUAGCCAAAUUAAUAAAGAAAUAACCAAAGAUUGCAGUUGGAGGAUGCUUUUUGCUGUUUGGUUGGUCAAAUAUCCUUAUUAGCGCUUCUUAUUAGGCUAUGUAGCUUAAAUAAUGACAUAAUCAGGCUGUAUAGAAUGCAACAUGUUUAAUAGCCUAACUUUCAAUAGAUGGGGAAAAACAUGAACGUCUAACAUGAACGUCGAAAUAACGAGGCAUAGUGUUACGAGUAGCAUAUGUGUGUGCGCGAGAUUGGCAGUGUGCGUAUGCGUGUGUGAGUGACGUCAGCGAGUGAGUGGACGAGCGAGGAGAGGGAGCGGUAACGUGUGUGUCUAGUGAAGAAGCGAACGAGUCCGGUAGAAUAAAGUACCCAUCAUGUCAAUAAUUGGUGGCCGCUUCAUUCCGACCUAUAAGCAGACAAACUGCCAGUCAAAUCACACAAAACAAUGGAGACAGGAUCACAGAGGCAAUUUUUUUCGCGCUUGGCCCUCUCUGGAUAAAUGUCGUUCAUAUCGCAUAUGAGGACUUCGACGGCUGUGGAGAAAUGCAAUCCUCCGUAGCCACGGAGAGCUGUCAUCACAGAGAGGCCAUCUCAUCGCAGAUUUACGGCAUAGGAGGGUGCGCUGUCAGCAGACUAUUAUUUAGACAAUUAUUAGCAAAUUUUAAUCUGACAAUUUGACCGGAGAGUUAGAAAGGUCAUAUCGCGCUUCUGCCUUCUCACACCGCGAGACAGGUUCGUGGCUUUGAGUGUCGCGAUUUCGGUUUCGAUACGCGUAUCAUUACAGCCCUAGUGUAUAUAUAUGUGUGUGUGUGUGUGUGUGUGUGUGUGUGUGUGUGUGUGUGUGUGUCACUACAUGUUUAUAUGAGUACUUUAUUUUAUGGUCACUUGUGUCACCCCCUGCUUUACCCAAAACGUAGUGAACCCAAAACCGUGAUAUGAACCGAACCACAAAUUCUGUGAACCGUUCCCAAAUUUUUGUGGGUGUCAUGACGUGACAGAGGUGUUUUUUAAGUCCAUUGACGUUUAGUUUCUACCGGAAGAAGACAACCAGCCAUGUGUGUUGUCCAAUGGAACCUAGCCUCAAACCACUGAACAACAAACUAUAACUCAGAUGUGCAAACUUAAUGGACAAGUGUAAGGAAUGUGAAAUAGGACAGGAAUAGAAAAUAGAAAUCGUACAAUUAUUGAAGAUUUUGUACUUGUACUGCCAUUACACACACAUUUCACAUACUGUGUGUGUAUAUUAGUAUGUUUGUUUAUCUAUGUGUAUGUACGUUUAAGUAUCAGUACAUAGUUAUACGUAUGUUUACGUAUGUGUACCAGUGGCGGCUGGUGGUUUUUAAAUUGAGGGAGGAAGGACUGCGCGCUUGGUUGCUAUUGGCCUGCUUGCACUGUUAGUGUGAAGGAGCGUGGCGAGGGGUCCCAAGGGCUGGACACAGGGAGGCAGAGACGGGGUAAAGGAAAGAGGUUUUACUGGGACACGGGGUAGAUGACAAGCUGGGGCGAAGCAAGCAGGAGACAUAGGUUCAGCAUGAUGUAUGGGGGGGUAUUCGUCAGUAUGACAUCGAUAUAUAAUAUUCUAAAGUCAGAAGCCGAAACCCAUGGCAUUUGGUGAUAGUUCAAUCACAAUUUAAUGUGAAUACCAGAGUUCCCGUUGUCCGGGAAUUACCGGUCUUUGACCGGAAAAAAAAUGAGGAGGACCGAAAAUUCUAAAUGUCUCCGGUCAGAAUGACCGAUUGGAAAUAAGGCCCCGUCCACACGGAGCCGAAACGGGCGAAGGUUGUAGCGUAGCCUGUGUGAUAAAAUAAAUAAGUUGUUACAUUUCGUGCACUCGCUCAAAUUGAUCGCUAUAGACUACCGUAGGUUUAUGAACUAAACCCGGCCAGCUAGCGAAAGCCGGCAGCAAGCUUUGCGGAGUACCGGCAUUUAACAACCAUGGCGAAUCAAAAUAUGAUCACACACUUCUUUUUCUGUAUAAAGCAUGCCUAUACAUUUUUUUAAGUGCAAUAAACACGGACAAUAUCCGACAGAUUUUUUUCCAAUUUCACUGGUAAAAUGAAACCUUCCCGGUCACAUGACCGGCACCAAUUUCUUCUAGCGGAAACACUGGUGAAUGCGACUCAAAAUUAUACAAUGAACACACAUAAAAUCAUCAAUUGGUUUACUAAUGUCCAAUGUAUUUUUUACUAACAUCAACAAUGAAACUAAUUUGAAUUCUAUAAUUAGCUACUUCUAACUUGUACAAAGUACAGAAUAUAUCAGUGCUUUGUAAAAUCCCAUAUGGCUCUCAUGAUGAUUAAAAAAAUAAUAAUAAUAACUACUCGUUACUGAAAAAAGUGGUCCAAGUCCAGUAACGCCUCACUAAGUAACGCGUUACUGGCAUCACUACUGAGACUACCACCAAUAGCGACAAUGCAUCGUAAGGCAUUGAUGAACGCGUCGGUCGUCAUAUCCUCUAACAUCUCGAUGUGCACUGCCCUGGAACGAAGACAUUUGAAGAGUGUCGUGGCAAAAGAGUUUGAGUCUAAGACAGAUGAGAUAUUUAGAUGCAAAAAGCACACAAUACUUGUAGACAAUAUGGUGGUCAUAUAUAUUUGUAAUAAAAGUACGAACAAAGAUACAUCACAACAUGCAUCAACAAACAACAUAACAGGCAUACACUACAAUAAUCGGAGGCCUCAGAUGGGAAUUCGCCCUGCGUGUUACUUCAUACUCUAAAGGUAUGCUCGGGAGUCCACAGAGUGUUCCAAGUAAUGAGUUCUUAUUCACUUGGGUCGGGUUCUGGAGGGGGUCUGCCCCCCAAUAAACCAAAAGCCUUUUGUUUACCUGAUGGUAAUCUUCACAAUCGAAGCUCCCCAGGAUGCCAUUGAAGGGGAUAGCGGUCGUGCCAUGUAACCUUUUGCUUCCUCGACACUAGCCAGGGGGUCGAGAAACAGGCCCACACAUCAAAGGAUUGCAUGGAAACAGAUUACAUUGCCCGCAAGGAGGCGAGAAGGCAGGCAAUAUAUAUGCAUCACACAUAAUAGCAACAAAACUUAAGUUCAAAGAUAGACAAAAACAAUACAAUAUGUGGAUUUUCCAUCACAAGAAGAGGCUGUACCGUUUCUGUUCUUUACGACCCUGCUUGGUGUGAAAAGGACCGAAGCAGUCCAUGCCGCAGUAAGUGAACGGUGCUGUAGGUAGGCUCAACACGGUCACUCGGUAAGUCCGCCAUCCGUUGUUCCUCUGGCGGUGCACGCACCCUCCUGCACCGUACACACUGCCUGAUGUGUUGGGCUACCGCUUUACUUCCACCAACUAUCCCGUAACCAUUGGCUCUCAAUCCAUUGAGAGUUUGUCCUCUGCAUUGAUGUUGUACUUUGUCAUGAUGAUGAGUAAUGAUGAGCCUUGUGACAGCGCCAUCUUUAGGCAGGAUUACUGGGUGUUUCAACUCCAGAGGCGCAGAUGCCUUCCUCAGUCUACCUCCCACCCUCAUUAUUCCCUCUUGGAGGAACGGGUCAAGCAGAUAGAGUUGGUGGCUGCAAGGCAGCUUUCCUGAUUUCUGGCUGAGCAUGU